UGUAGCCGUCAGUACGAGCCAAGUUGUGAAAUCGUUCGGAUCGUUCGGGAAGAACGCAAACGCUGCAGUGCCCGUCCGUUGCGUUGGUCGCAGUUUUUUCUGGCUUUGAGUUGCCUUCGUGUGUGUGUGUGUGUGCGAGUGUGGUGUGGUGUGCGCCCUGUGUUCAACCUUGGAUGCACCAGUGGAAUAGGUGUGCUUAGAAGGCAACCGCCCCCUUCUUCCUCCUCAAUCGUCAUCGCUCAAGAGAGCCAACGCAGAUUUUGUUUUCUGCCGUCGUCUUCGCCGUCGUACCUAGGAGUGUGUGGCUGUGCCAUCAGGCAAAUUGAUGGUAAUAAAACGACCUUCCGCUGCAGCAUCAUCAGUUGAAGAACGAGAGAUGAUCGCCUAUGCUUACAUCCAAAAACAACCAAUUCAACGUGACACGACCAAACUCGAGACUUAACACUUUCGUCAAUAUCCCUCGGAUACUGUAAGGCAUCAAUCAACCUUCGGUAGAAAGAAGGCACAUCAGCCUACUCAAAGAGUAAAAAAAGAAAAGAAAAAGGUUGCCAACCAACGGCCAAACAAGUUAUACUGUGCUCUCCACAAGGAAGUGUGGAAGAAACAUCGCUUUCUUCUAUGUUUUCUACCGCGAGGAAGGAUCAACAACGGAGCAGCCACCGUCGUCGCAUACAUCUGUAGUAGCUGCAACGACAAGGAAAAACAAAUCCUCGUUCGUCGACUGGACACACGAACAUCGUGCGCGAGAUCUGUAUUUUUAGUGCGGUUCAUUCAUUUUUCGGCUUGUGUCUUCUUAGUGUCGAGGGGCGCGCAGGCGGUGUUGUAAAUCGAUCGAAUCGAAAUCCAUCAGUAGCAAUAAUAACGAAGUGUGUAUAUUGGACUGUAGAAGCUUACUAAACGGACUGAUCCCCACUACAGCACAGUAGCAGUAGCAGCAGGAAAGCAUUCUCUCGUAUACACUGUACGCAAUCUAUUGGGAGAGUCCUGUUACAUCCAAGUAACCAUUUCACAGCGAGUGAAAGGAAAUUAAUAGUGAACAAAUCUUGCUUGAAGAGGAGAGAGGAGCAGUGCUGUGCUUGUGGAUGCGUGUAUCGUUGCUCAAAACCCCGUGUGUGCGUGCACUGUGUUGAGGUCAAAAUUGCGCCUUCAAUCAUUAGCGAACGACGGAGGAGUAGCUGCUAGCCGGAGUGGUACUGGAUUACACAUACACCGUAAAACAACCGUGUGCGUGUGUGUGUGUGUGAGUGUGUGAAGAGCCGAGGGCGAGAGCUUAGAGCAGUUGGUGAGUGGACAGGGGAGGAUGGAGCGCGAAUCAAAUGCAAUGCAGCCGAUGUGUAGAUCUGGAUGUGGUUUCUACGGUAAUCCGGCACAGGAUGGAUUAUGUUCAGUUUGCUACAAAGACGUGCUCAGAAAGAAGCAACAGCCACCGGUUAGCAGUACGCCUUCCAGCAACAAUGCACCUCAAGCACCUCCAUCUGGCCAGUCGGUAACAGCGUCCUCAGUUAGCAUCCGUCCUGUCGUGACGCCGCAAAGCUUCGCCAGCAGCAUCGCUAGCAGCAACACAACAACCACAUCAGCCUCCUCUGCAUCAGCGUCGGCCGCGUCACCAUCGGCGUCGUCCUGUGCCGCUUCCGCCAACAAUCCGGUAGUGUCCGCUACCUACACAGCACAACCGACCGUGCAUAGUGCCCUGUUCUGCUCGGACAAGGAUGAUGAAUGUUUACCCGAAGAAAAGUGUCAUACAAUUGCCUUUGGCGAUAGCGUGUCCGAAGAGGAAGAAGAGCAGGAGGAUGAGAAUGAUGACGAAGAAGAAGAAGAAAUAGUUUGUUACGAUAUUGAUCUGAUUGAUGAUUCUGAUCCGAUUGAUAACGUGCUUCACCUUGCCAAGCAGCAGGAAGUGACCCACGAUAACGAACAACAGCUGGUCGUUAUUAUAGAAAACCUAAGCGAUGAAGACGAUGACUCAGUGUCGCUUGGUCAUUUUAAUGUUUCGUUUGAUUAUGAAUCAAAAUCAUUUGAAGAUUCUGCAAGUAGCUCCACUCCUCGUGUAAUGAAAUCAAAAAGUUUGGAGGCUGAGAAAGUAUCCAAUCUUGGCGGCCCAGCUCGUAGUCAGACGAACGCUAAAAAACGGAAAAUUAGCGCUGAUGACAGCGGUAGCCAUGGUGGACAUAGUAAUAACAGUUCCAUAGCCGAUAACGAAGACAAAGAUGGUGAUAAGGAAGAUGCCAAGAAAAAGAAGAACCGUUGUGCAACUUGCCGCAAGAAAGUAGGAUUAACCGGAUUCGAGUGCCGGUGCGGAGGACUGUUCUGCGCGAUACAUCGAUACAGUGACAAGCACGAAUGUUCGUUCGAUUACCGAGAACUCGGUGCUGCAGAAAUUAGGCGUAACAAUCCCGUCGUGGUUGGCGAAAAGAUUCAGAAAAUUUGAACACCCUUCGUGCCAUCGUAUCGUAAUAGUUCUUCACACACUGUGCAGCAGCUUCGUCAAGCGGCAGCGGCACCGGUCACCAGCAUCGUUACAGUCACUCCACCACCACU